AUGUCUGUUAACACAUUGACGGUGCAACAAGAUGAAGAGCAAGAAGAGAAUAUUGAGACUGAUUCUGAUUUAAUGGCUGUCACAGAAAGUGCAAGCAGUUCUAAGAUGAAUGAAUUAGAUGAAGACGUGGCAAAUGAUGACAGUGAAUCUGAUGACAUAAUGCAAACUGAAGCAACUGCAGAACACACUGAGGAAGAAUCAGAACAGCAGGACAAGACAGCUGAUGAUGAAACUGCAGAAGAAGGGCAAACUGCAAACACAGAAUCUGUUGAAGAGGGUGAGACCACUGGCGAAGAGACUUCAGAGGAUGGCCAGACUGCUGAAGCAGUAGCUGCUGGAGAGGAUGAAAUAGCUGGUUGUGACACUGCAGAAGAAGGUGAGACAGCUGAGGGUGAAAAUGCAGAAGAUGAGCAAACUGCUAAAGCCAAAACAUCAAGAGAUGGUGAGACAACAGAAGACAAAUCUGCAGAAGAGGAUGAAACAGCUGAAGAUAAAGUUUCAGAAGAUGAACAAAUUUCAAAUGCAGAAACCACUGCAGAAAAUGAACAAACUUCUGAAGGUGAAACUGGAGAAGAAGGUAAGACAGGUAAUGAAGACACUGCAGAAGAGCAUGAAACUGCAGAAGAAGGACAAAUUGCUGAAGAUGAAACUGGAGAAAAAUGUGUGACAGUUAAUGACGACACUGCAGAAGAUCAUGAGACGGCUAAAAGUGAAACUGCAGAAGAAGGACAAAAUGCUGAAGAUGAAACUGGAGAAGAAGGUGAGACAAUAAGCAAUGACACUACUGAAGAGCAUGAGACAGCUGAAAAUGAAACUGCUGAAGAUGGAGAAACUGAUGAAGAUAAAACUGUAGAAGAAGGUAAAAAAGCGAAAGAUAAAACUUCAGAAGAUGGACGGACCAUUAAAGCAGAAACUAUUGGAGAAGAUGAAAUAACUGAAGAUGAAACUGCAGGGGAGAGUGAGGCAUUAGCUGAAAGCAUAUCUUUAGAAGGAGAGACUGCUGAAGCUGAAACCGUGGAAAAGAGCAAUAUUGAUGAUGAUGAAACUGAAGAAAAGGGUGAGACAGCUGAUGGCAACACUGCAGAAGGGCAUGUGAUGCCUGAGAAUGAAUCUGUAGAAGAUGGGGAAGCUGAAACUGCAAGAGCGAGUGAUACAGAUGAGGACAAUGCAAAAGAGUGUGAGACAGCUGAAGAUGAAAUGGCAGAAAAUGGCCUAAUUGCUGAAAUUGGAACGGCAAGAGAUGGUGAUGAACGAGCAGAAGAUGAGCAAAAUGCUGAAGCUGAUGCAGGUGAGGGAUAUACAGCUGAUAUUAAAGCUGUAGAUGAUGAGCAAACUGCUGAAGCUGAAAGUGCUGAAGAGAGUGAGAUAGCUAAAGAUGAAACAGAAGCAGAGAGAGAUACUGCAGAGGGGACAUCAGUUGAAGAAAAAGGAACUGGUGUAAAAAGAGCCUAUGAAGAUGAAGACAACACAGAUGAUGUAGGAACUGCAGGAGUUGUGUCAACUGAUGAAAAAGGAACUUCUGAAGCAGAAACAGCAGAUGAGGUGACCACCGAAGCUGAAACUGAAAUGUCUGAAGAGAAAGAUGCUGUUGAAGAUGGCAACAUGGCAGAAGACAGAAAUGCUGUGGUAGAGCUGACAGAGCAAAAUCAUGAGACGACUGGAGAAGAGACAGACAAGAGUCAAUCAAAUGAUGAGGAAUACAAGGAAACUGUCAGUUGUGAAGCAGCAAAUGAGGAAGAUGUUCUUUCUAACAUCGAGGACACUGAGAGUCAUGAUGUUUUAACUAAUCUUGAGGUAAUUGAAGAUGAAACACCACUUAAGAACAAGGGUGACAUUGUUCUAGAUAGUGUUGAUGAUAAAGGCAGAGAAAGUGGAAAAGAAGAUUAUGAUGAUGUGGAGAUAAUGGCAAAUAAAGCUGGUUAUGUGGCCAACACUGGUGAAUCAGCUGAAGCUGGUGAUGAAGCUGAGGAUGACACAGAGCCGGAUAUAGAGAUGGGUGAAGGGGAGCAUAAUAUGAACAGGCUAGGUUUACACCCUCUAUUACAGCCAAAACCAAAAGAUGACAAACCAGAUGGGGCGACUUCAUUUAAUGUUUUGGUAAAGCACAAUGCAGAGUUUGAAGAUGGUGCUGAUGCUGACGGAGAAGACUCAGAAACAGAAGAACACAACCACAUCAUAGAUUUGAGUUCUGAGUCAGAGAGCAAGACACAGAGGAAAACUGCACAUAAAACCUUCAAGAUGCUCGUUCACACUCAAGUUGAAGAGGAAGAGACUCCAGAGGAUGGGAGUGAUGAUGCAGAAGAGUGUUCAUGUGGGGAGAAAGAUCAGGCUGAAAAGAAGAGAAAAGAGAAGGGCAAACUCUCAGAUAUUACAGAGGAUACAUCUGAAGAUCAGGAGGACCAGACAAAUGAGACUAAUGAUGAUUCAGAAGUUCAUAAAUGGAAAUCAUCUGAAAAUUCCAUACAAAAGCAGAUAACAAAGUCAUCCCUGGAAUCUCAGCCAGGUUCCUUUGAUGAAGUUCAUGAGGAACAGGCAAAAAACAGAAAGGUUUAA